AUGGAAAUUUUGAAAGAAACGGUGAAAUCAGCCGAUUCACCCUUAGAAAUUUGGAGGAGUAAACUUCGGAAACAAAGAGAAGGAGCGCGUAUUCUCGCCUUAUCUGAAUACUCUGGUUUUAAGUUGUCAGCGUAUGACUGUUAUCAAAUUCAUGAAGACAGAACGGAGGUACUUGCCGAUUUGGAUUUGCUAGAGAAACUUGUCACUCUAUUGGAACUCGAUGUUGCUCAAGGCAUGAGAAAUCAUUUUAGAUGUCAGAUUGCAAUCGCUUACGCUCUUAAGAAAAUAGGCAUGCUGCUCCGCUAUCUUGACGGUAUCUUAAAGGGACAAGGUACAAUCUCUCCAGAUGCUGACUUCCGGGCUUGGAUUAUGGAGAAGCUAAAUAUCGAGGAUUGGGAAGAUUACCUUCAUUUUGCCAAUGCUCGAGAAGGAGAUGUGCUGUUUACAGCAGCUGCCAAAGGGGUUGAGCUCGAGAAACAAAUAAUUACUCCCGAAACAAUCAGGGUUCAAGAUGAAGAUGGAUUUAAAAGCCGGCUCGAGGUGUAUCAUAAAGUACUAAAGGCUGCUCAUAACAUGCCGCUUAAAAAUAUAGAUUGUAUCGGUGGUGGUCAGACCGCGUGUAGUCUUAUUAAGGGAAUUACGCCCAAACUGAGAUAUAGACAUCUGGUGAACCCUAACGGCAACAUCAAGGAGGAAAACGAGAUGGUGAUCAUCAGACUAUGACCCGAGAAGUCAGUAGUGCCAAGCGGGCACGAGGAACCUCUGACUUGGACAUGACUACUAUGAAAAAGAAGAAAGGAGGAGCUGUAGCAAGUGACGGAUAAGUAUGAAUCUUGUUCCGUAUAUCUCAAUGACAGCCUGGCUUAAAAACAUUACCAGUUUGAUCAUUUUACUUGCCUCCUGUCCCACUGAAAUGGUCAUUCAAGUUCAGUUCUGCUGCAAGUUAUGGGUGGAAAC